AAAACAAAAAAAAAAAAAAAAUCCAUUGAACUGAAAAGUGGAAUUGAUUGGAAAUUUCCUUUUAAUCAUUUCGAAAUAAAUAAAAAAAUAUGUCUGGAUUCCAUUAAAGCUCCAUAUAAGCCAGUAACCAAAACAAACAAAUGCAGUGUUCCAUAAUACCUUCUGACCAAAGGUUAAGCAUAAAAUGAAAUGAAAUUUCCAUCACAAUAACAACUCUCAAGCGAAGUGUUGCACUGUUGAUAGAAAAAAAAGGAAGGAGCGAAAAAAAAAUCGCUAUAAACAAUAGUACAUCAAACGGUUGGGUAGUAAAAAGCAGAGACCGAAAAAAAGAGAAAUGACUUUAAAAUUUAAUUUAUGCCUUGCCCUGCCAUGGAUGCUCUUGCAAUUCGCCAUUCUCACCUCCGGCAACAGUUUCCAACGUUUCACCCAUGGCGAAAAUGUGCUGCUCCAUAAUUGCGACAAAAACAAAUUAUUGGAAUUUCCUGACUUUAGCAUCAUUACGGAGUUGAGUGUGCACAAUUGCUAUGUGCCCUCUUUGGAAAAUGCCUUUUUCAUACGCUUCUCCGCCUUGACCCAUUUGGAGAUAAUCGAUAGUCAAUUGACCGAUUUGGAGGAUUUCACCUUUCAUGGCUUGAAACAAUUGCGUUCGCUGUCAUUGGCCCACAAUAACAUCAGCGAAGUUAAAUCAUGGUCCAAUGAACAAAUGACCGCAUUAACAAGUUUGGAUCUGAAGGGAAAUGCCAUCAAGGAGUUGACACUCAAGAGUUUCAUUCGCUAUCCCAAUCUGCAGCGUCUGCAUUUGGCCGGCAAUCUUUUGGAGGAUAUAGACGAUGGCAUCUUUCGUUGGAUGCCUCAUUUGAAAUAUUUAAAUUUGGGACGCAAUCGCUUAAUUGCCUUGGACAAUCGCAAUUUUCAUGGCAUGCAUCGUUUGUCCUAUUUGGCUUUGCAUUUCAAUGACAUCAAGGACAUUGAGGCUGGAUCUUUUGAUACGAACAGCCAUUUGCGUACCUUGCGUUUGGAGGGCAAUCAGUUGAGAGAUUUGGAAUUUCUGCGAGCCAAAAGUUUGACCCGAUUGCAGCAUUUGAAUUUAUCGUUCAAUUUACUGGACUCCUUGGAGGGUUUGACUUUUUCCAAGGACUAUGAGUUGGUGAAUUUGGAUUUGUCCCACAAUCAGGUGGAUGAGAUAAAUGAGGAUGUCUUUCAGGGACUGGAAGCUUUGGAGCGCCUCAAUAUCAGCCACAAUCAAUUGCAUGAUAUACCUGCCCGCACCUUGCGAGAUCUCAGCAGCUUGGAACAUCUGGAAUUAAGUGGCAAUAAACUUUCCUUGUUACCGCUGGAGCUGUUCAAUGGCACGCUUCAACUGCAACAUGUAAAUUUAUCGCACAAUUUGUUGAACGACAUUAAUGUUACACUAUUCAAUUCUUUGGCAUUUCUCAAAGAGCUAGACCUGUCGUAUAAUCAAUUGGCCAAUGAUGAGUUCAUCGAAAUGCUUGCCGAAAUUCCCCUACAUGAGGACCUAAAAUUGGAUAUAAGUGGCAAUCAUUUUCGUGUGGUCAAUGUUACCGCUUUACUAAGAUUUGGUCAAGUCUAUUUGGCCGGCAAUUGGUGGAGUUGUAAAUGGUUGGUCAGUGAAAUGUUGCGUAUGCCCAAGACCAUACAUUUUGGUCGUACCUAUGCUGUGCACACUGCAUGGAGUCUAACCUUGUUGGAGACAAACGGUGUGGAUUGCUAUGAUGAGGAUAGAAAGAGAAGUAUAAUCAUAUUGGAUACGGGAAAUUUGUGGCAGCAGAGAAUGGAUGUGGAAAUGAAUGGGGCUUCCCCGAACUUGGAUAAUCAGGCUUCACCACCUCCCUUGGUGUGGCCUAAGAUCAAGAUGGAUAAGUUUGACUCACGCUCAGUGGUUAUAUGGAUGCUUGUGGCCAUAGGAGUGGCUUUCUCAGCCUUGAGGGUGGCACGAAAACUGGUGGAUCGGAAAGAGAAGUCCAAACUGAAAAAGAAAUUGAAGGAAAAACUUGAAGCAAAAUCCGUGGCCAAUGAGGCGGAAGCCAACCAAGAGGCGGAAACAGAUAGUCUUGCUGAAGGAGAUGAAAGAAGAUUACCAAGAGCAAAUUCCUAA